CAUCGUAAAAAGCGGUGAGUUGGAAGGAGAAAUGUGGAGAAAAGCUUGUGUUGUUGUGGCCGCAAUGUCGCCCUGCUCACUGCUUUGAAUGAAUGUAGCUGUGUGCGGACACUGCAGACUCCCGUUUAUCAGAAAAUGUCGUGGAUACAAGAGGGCGAGCUGAACUUGCUGGAAAGGAUUUCAGCCAACAUUCUCAAGGCAGGGCCCAUGCCCAAACAUGUGGCUUUCAUCAUGGACGGCAACCGUCGCUUUGCGCGCAAGAAAAACAUGGAACGGCAGGAAGGACACACGCAGGGCUUCAACAAGUUGGCAGAGACUCUUCGCUGGUGCAAGCAAUUGAACAUCCCAGAGGUGACCGUCUACGCUUUCAGCAUCGAGAACUUCAAGCGCCCCAAGGAUGAAGUGGACGGGCUGAUGGACUUGGCCAGGCAGAAGUUUGAGAGACUUUUGGACGAGCGGGAGAAGCUGGAGAAGCACGGCGUUUGCAUCCGGGUGCUGGGCGACUUGAACCUGCUGCCCCCGGACCUCCAGCAGGUCAUCGCCAAAGCCGUGCUCUCGACCAGAGCUCACAAUAAGUGUUUCUUGAACGUGUGUUUUGCCUACACGUCGCGGUAUGAAAUCACCAAUGCGGUGAGAGAGAUGGCGUGGGGGGUGGAGCAAGGACUGAUUAAAGCCAGCGACGUGUCCGAGGCGCUGCUGAGCGAGUGUCUGUACAGCAACAAUUCACCCAAUCCCGACCUUCUCAUACGAACGUCAGGCGAGGUGCGCCUCAGUGACUUCCUCCUUUGGCAGACGUCCCACUCGUGUUUAGUGUUCCAGUCGGUGCUGUGGCCCGAGUACUCCUUCUGGAACUUAUGUGAAGCCAUCCUGCAGUAUCAAGUCAACCACCAGUCCAUCCAGAGCGCUCGAGACCUCCAGCGAGAGCACCAGGCCCUCCAGCAGCUGGAGUCGGACCGCGCCUGCGUGGCCGAGCACCUGCGGCGUCACGGCAACGGGAAGCCCGCAGACGGCCACAGGAGGCAGGAAGUGCUGUCGCGCUACACCGCCUGCCGCCAAGAGCGAGUGCAAGACUUCAUCAAGGUGCUCAAGGAGAAGAGGGACUCUUUCUUCACUGACUUCCAAGCUGUGCCUCCAUGUUGAAAUGGAGCCCCAAUCCUGCCGCCGCAUCCUCCCUCCCAGAGACGGAGUUGUGUAGAUGAUGAAGGAAAAGAAUCAGUAGAGACAAGUUUCAUCUUUGGUUGGUCAACUUCACCCCUAUGGGGCUGUAGAGUUACUGUGAUAUUUAUGAUAGAUUUUAAAAUGUCUGCUCUUUUAAACGCAUGCAGUGAUGUGUUGGUGGUGUGACUUGUUGCCAGCACAGAUCAUCUGUGUCCUAAGUGUCAAGCCAAUAUUGUGAUCAAUAACUACAUUUUGACCAGCUUUAUGAACAAAUUAAAGUGAUUACUGAUUGUCAAACAAGGA